AUGGGUGCAGCUCUGGCGGUCCUGCCAUCGUUGCGGAAUCUCGUCGUCGGGGCCGUACAUUCUACGGGCUUCCAAGCCGUCGUGCCUACGGGCGUAUCUACUACCAACAAAGCAACCUUGGUUCACCUGCGUGUUUUGGACCUCCGUGGUCCAGGAACACAUAUUUGCGACAUGCUGGAUUAUAUGAAAAUCUCCGCCGCUGCAGCUGUAAAUCUCUAUCUGCGCGACUCGGACGGCCGUUCUAUCCUUGAUAUGAUCCGCCAACUACGCCUCGACGAUCUGGAGGUCAUCGAUCUGCGGUGCGCCGGUGACGAUAUCCGCUGCCCCGUCGUGCCUCUUCUCGACGCGUGCCGGAGUGCGACCGAACUGUGGCUCGGAAGUAUGACGGUUUGUCAAGCGGUCAUUCCUCUUCUGCUCAAAUCGUGGUUGAAGAAAGAUGGCCAAGACGACGGUAUCACGAUGAAGCCUUUGCUGCUCCCUGCAAUACGGCGCAUCCGGUUGAACAUGGCGAGUCGAGACUUCCUCUUUGUGCAGCCCGCCGGUCUCAUGAAUGAUCUGCGGAGCCUCAUUCUUCGGCGACGCGAAACCUCGGACAGGGUGCUGGAGAUCGCGAUUGUGAACAGGUUCCAGCUAGAAGAUACCCUUAUAGAGGGACUCCGAAGCGUCGCGGGGCGCUCGGAACUGGUCACAGCAUCCGACGGCAUUGACUCUGAAGCGUCGACAGAUUGCUCGGACUGGGAGGUGGAGACUAGCAGUGACUCCGAAUGGGACGGAACACCGGACUCAGACUGGGACUCGGAGUAUGACAGUGACUUAGACUAG